AGCAGACCCAGCUGCAUGAAAAGAAGCAGACCAUCUCUGGAACAAGAACCGUAGCAUGUCCGUCAGGCCGUAAGCAUCACUGUCUCUCUGCGCCCCUAGUAUCUGAUAUUUAUUUUUUUCGCAUCGAGGCGGCAUUGCCUUGCAGGUGCUGCAACCACCUUUAUUGUAAUGACAUAUUCUUUUUGCAGAAAGAAGUCUGCUUUUCGCUAUACUGUUUUUCGAUGAAACAGCACGAACGGAUCCUUUUCUUUGUACUACGGGCGAUCAAACCUACAAGCAAAUCUGCUUCAGAACGCGGUUGAUGUUGUUCCCGUCUCUUAAUUAUUACUCAUUAUCAAGCAAAAAUGAGCCGUGCGUCACGUUUAUCUUCUGCUUUCAUGUUGUUCUCAACGACCCGAGGAGGAAGCAGCACCGGAGCAGCGGCGCGUGCUGGCUACCAUUCAAUAGGCCUUUUUCUGCCGCCGGUCGUCUCCCUUUUCGUCCUCCGAACAGCACUACUGCUCCCAGCAGCGGCAUUGCUCCACGCGGCUGCAGCUGCUAAGCAAGACGUCAGUGACCUGGACUGGUGGAGCCGGCCGGCGGAGUACUGGCGACUGGCGACGGUCGAGGAGAAGAAAUGCAGCACGGUGGAAGACGAGGACGAGUUCGAGCUGGCUUUGAAGAAGCGGAACGCAACGCAGGCGGCGUCCUGCAGCGACCUGCGGGCGCGGCGGGUCGCCGAGGCCGACCGAUUUGAGGAGGAGGUGUUUGAAGACUUGGCCAUUCUGUCGAAACCCUGGCGCCCGGUGGACCCCGAGAAAGAGUUUGGGCACACUUGGCAACCCGAGAGGAAAUGGGCAGAAGGGCGCGAGAUGACGAAAGAGGAAAAAAGGACCGCGCAUACAGGGUGAGAAAGAAACAAAUGGAUGAAAUUCCAAUUUGGCUAUUCUUGGAUGUAGGUACAAACAGCCACUACUUCAUCUGUGGCAACGAUCAGAAAAUCACAAUGACAUCGUCCAACGAGGCCCUGAUCGGCAAUCGAUCGUGUGAUGAGCCAGUUAAUACAUGUUGGCUCCACAGGAGAGAGACUAGCAGUCGUCGUCGCGCCUUGAUGGGCGCAGCUGGUGCAUUAAGACUGUAAGUAGGCUUGCAGCUGGCCACGAUCUUUUGUUGCUGAGCACCAGAUGGACUCACUGGCUAGCGGGAGAAAAAACCCGGUUGAUAUGAUCAACAAAUCCAGGUAUUGCUUCAACAGCUGGACGUCAGAUUCUCUGAGGUUCUACAUUCCUGCUGGGGCUUUUUCGUGCCGCCGGGCUUUGGGUUUAAGAAGAGGUAGAUAUUUGCUCCGGUCGCUUCACGAGGAAGCCGUGUGUCUUGCUCGUGCUGGAAGCGCCUGCUGCGUCUCUCUCGGUUUGCCCCUGCUAUUAAUGGCGCACUCCCUUGCUCUUUGCCGCAACCGCGGCCCACGGCUUGGCGCCGGUUUCGCCUCUCCUUCAUUUUCUUUCUCCGCCCAGGCCGGCUUUCCCUAGAGGGGACUGAAGUUCCCGCCACAUUCGGAAGCCUUGUGGUACUCUCAUACUCGGGUUUUUGGCGGGUGUGCUGUCUUACCGCUUCACUGUUUCUACUGUGUUUUGUUGCCCGGCUGUGGCCGCUUUGCACUUUGAGUUUCGCGGCGCGGGGGCUCUGGGCCGGCGCUUUCAACGCAGAAACUUUUUCAGGAUUUUGGUCUUGGGGACCACAGUAUCUUGUUGUCUAUUGCUUGGUGGUGGAUCAUCCUAGGUUUUUCUUGUGGCGCAAGGCCGUUCCGUGCUAGCCAUUACGCGGGAAGUCGUUUAUCUCACCAGGUCACGGGGGAGAGCGGACCUUUCGUGCGGGUUGUUGGAGAUUGCUUACAGGACGCGCACCAGUAGUAUGGCUUCCUUCUGUGGGAGGGCAUUCCUUUUUCGGAUACUCGCAUACACUGCUCCCGCUAGAGUUGCAGAUGCUCGCGCUUCUAGCGUUGGUCGGCGAGGUAGGGGCUACGUGCGCUCGGCACGGCGAGUCAGGGGCCCGGAGAUUACGAGGGGUAGGUGCUUUUGGGAGCGAGGUUGCGCUGCCUGGGCAUACUGUGCGGGUUGGAUUCAGUCGGUUGCCUGUCUUCCCUUGGGGGCAAGUGGGGCUGGGGCUGGCGCUGUUCCCCCCAUUCAACCACCGGAGGUGGGGUUCUGGGGGGUCUUGCCCUGGGGGCCAAGUGGUGAUGGAGUGGGCCGUUCCCCGCUACGGAAGCUAGGUCCGGCCUGCUUCGCCCAGCCCCUUCAGGCUCGUUCCAACGGGCCGCUUGGGCGGUGUUGGCUCUGUCUGGAUAACACUCGGAAGGAACGCAGCGAAAAACAAAUCCAGGUAUUGCUUCAACAGCUGGACGUCAGAUUCCCUUCCGCUCGUCCGCCCUGUUCCGGAAGUAUCAAAUGCAAAAAUGUCUGGGUCUGGAAGAAUGCAAGAUUUGUCGUGCAUAUUUCUCAUGACCCAUGAUGCCUGUCAUGUAUGCCCUAGCAUCACAGGUUUUUUGAGGGAUUCUUGAUGCCCAUUCCGCAUGACAAAUGCCCUCUCCGCGUGGCACCCAUUAGAUUCCUUUUGCUGCUCAUGCAACACAAAUUUUUUAGACAUCGAAACGCAGCAUCACAAGUUGCAUUCUUCCAGACCCAGACAUUUUUACAUUUGAUAGGAAGGCCGGCACAGCAAGUGCGUUGACUAUUCCGAUGAGGAGGAGACGUCGGGUUUGCUUCAAACCGCAGACGGCGUCACCGCCUCCGUGGUUAUCGUCUUCUACAACGAACUGCUCUCGACCUUAAUCCGAUCACUAGUCACCGUCUUGAAUCUACGACUUGCAAACGUAAUAUAUUAAUCUUCGCACAGAUGAUUGAAGAUGUGAUACUGUGUAUCAUUCGAAAUCAAAUGCAAUUUGUCAUGCUACUAUAGUAGAUCUUCAUGUUCAUUCUAUUCAACAUCAGCUGGGAUAUGAAUGAGAUUUGCGCUUAUCUUUCUCUGUCCAUGAAGAUUGCAAAAAUGCGCAUGGGAUUGUGAUACACCUUUUGCAAAAAUGCAUAAAACCGUACGCCUGAUUCGCUGUUGGAAGAGGUGGUUCUAGUGGACGACGCGUCCGACUUCAGCCUCAAGCCGGACUUGGACCAGAAGCUGAAAAAGUUCAUCGAGACCGACACGAAGAAAACCAAGCUGCUAUCCUGAGGAAAAACGCCCCCACGCCAGCGUCAAGAUGGGGAAUCCGCUAGACAAAGCAACCAGCUUUGGCUGUUGCGCAUGACAAGUUUGGCCUCGUAGUGUCAUGCUGUUCAGGUAGUUCAGCAGCGUCACAGAUCUAGCAGCAUAUAGUGCUGGUUGGAGCAUGACACAUUCCAAAACGUGGCCAGGAAAUGCCUCUCAUGGGGUUCCGCGUGAGAAAUAUUCUCACCAUGCGGAUUUGCAUUACGCCUAGGGGGUGUGGACGUUGUUACAAAUCAUAGCUGCUCCGGCUCCCGGUCCGCGGAGGAUUGAUGCGCGCGCGGGUCGCCGGCGCGCGCGCUGCGGUAGGGGAGUAUUUGGUUUUCCUCGACUCCCACAUCGAGUGCCGCAGCCACUGGCUCGAACCCCUGAUGGCACACAUGCUGAAAGACAAGACUAUGGGAGUCUCGUCACACGUUACAUUCUCACCUGCGUACAGCAUGAUUUGUCAUGCGAAGUUACGACCAUAAGCCACCGGGUGAUCAAGAUAUUUCGCAUGACAAAUUUUCGAAGUGCUUUUAAACAUCAGCUUCAGCGUCGAGGAAACCUGUGCCGAAUUUGUGAGGCGCAAAGUGCAAGCCUGCCCCUUUCGCUGUUGCUGUUCUUGCAUCGCAAAUUCAUGUUGCAACAAUUGAGAGUGUAACGGUUGCGAAUCCCAUAAAGGAGAAUGUCGUGACGCCCUCCAUCGAGGUGAUCGGCUCCGACGCGUUUAACUACCAUCCCGGCGCGGGCGCCGGGGGCCUGGGGGUCCUCGGGUUCACCUGGAAGCUGGGCCAGUCCCCCGUCCCCCGCCGGUCCGGGUCGCAGUUCGAGCCCAGCGCGAGUCCCAUCAUGGCCGGGGGCUUGUUUGGCGCGAGUCGGGAGUUCUUUCUGGACGAGCUGGAGGGCUACGACCCUGAAUUUGAAAUCUACGGAGGAGAAGAAAUAUGCCUUGCAAAAGUAUCGUCCUUCUCGUUGUACUAAUUGCAGAUGCAGAACGUCGGCAUAACAUCUUCAUAUCUGGUAUCCUAAUUGGUUCAGCAUGGCAAGUUUCAUUUCUCGUGCUGAGAAUAAGUAAUUGUCCUGAAAUUUCUACUGCUACUAUGGAACAUAUUAAAAUUAUGCUUUUGCAACGCAUAGGGGAUGGAGAUCGGCUUCAAGGUUUGGCAGUGCCACGGGCGAAUCGACUACAUCCCUUGCUCCGCGAUUGGGCACGUUUUUCGAUCCAGCGAGCACUGGCAGGGGCAGGUAGUAGAGCGAAGAUGAUGGUGCUUCUUCUGUACGGAUAAAAGUUUGUACUUGUAAGUUGGAUUUGCAACAUCUGUUGAACAUUAUUGUCGUGAACAAACACGUGUCAACAUGCGAAGGUACCAUGACCACUUUCUCAUGCGUCUUCAGACUUACAUGGAUGAACUAGCAUGAUGCAACGAUAAAUAAAAAGCCACACACAAGAACAACGAACUAACAUGAAUCAGGUCUUUCCCGUCUCUGACACAGUGAUAUGGCGUAACAAACGUCGCGCUGCCGCUGUAUGCACGAAAGAAACUGCGUUCGGUGUAAGUUUGCAAUGCAGAGCAGUCUACUCACCUUGUCAUACCCGACAUUCUUCAAGAACGUUUGCUUCUCGCGAACAAGUUCACGAGCGCGCACAAGGGACGCAUGCAAAAUCUUUUCUGUAUAUGCGAAUUUGAAUUAUAUCAGGCAAAUAUCUGCGGCGCCAAAAAUGUUGUAGUGUACUAUCCCAGUAGUUUUUUUCCUCUGGAUAUAUUGUAUGGAUGGACGAGUAUGCGGACUUGGCAAAGAUUGUGAUGGGGAGCACCCGGGGCUACAAACUCGGGUCGCUGGAGUUUCCGCUGCGGGUGCGCGAGAAGCUGAAGUGCAAAGAUUUUCACUGGUACAUGACGAACGUGUACCCGGAGAUGUACGUCCCCGGAAACUUGAGACAACAGCUUGACAUAGCUACGCAGCGGGGAGAAAAUGAACAUUCGGCCAUCGCACAAAGAAAUGCACAGGAAUACUUCACUACGCAAAUCAAAAGCUUUGCAAGUCGUCGAAAGGAUGCAUCAAAAUAAAUGCUGCUCCUGGUGGUCCUGAUGCUGCUGGAGUGGAGGAAUUAUCAUCUAUUUCUGUACUCUUCGUAUGACGUCGUAAGUCCAGUUUGAUAUUGAUAGAUGCUUUUAUCAGAUACUGAUACUAUGUUUUGUUCUUAUCGUAAGAUGAACAAAACAUAGUUUGUGAUAAAUCUAUGGUCACGUUUUACAAACAAGUGCGAUGCGAUCGCGAUCCAUUUUUGCACGGUUGGAUAUCGGCAAGAAAACAGCAAGCAGCAAAAGACAGCGAGGAGGACAGCAGCGAGCAGAUUCAGACCGACGCCACGGGCGCAAUAGAAAUACAGGGGAAACAUCAGCACGACAAAACCGAGCAACCCCGACCGAAACUGCAUGCCGGGUCGAUCCGGUCGCUAGAACAGGCCAACGCGUGCAUGGACACUUUAGGUGCGGCUCAUUCCGGGCAGAACCUCGGGCUGUACCCGUGCCACGGGGAAAACGGAUCCCAGGCGUACUUGGCAAUCAACAACCAACUGAGGAUAGGCAUGUCGGAAUUCAUAUCCUCCUGCGCAAAACUUCUAUCGUUGUCGUAGGACAAAGUCUUACUUACAACACUUCUGCGCGAUAAUCUUCUCUCACAACUUCUCACCCGAUAGAUUUAAGAGACUAGCAUGAGGUAUUGAAUUGUUCCCUGAAGUGCGACACUUUGUAGUGGAUUUUGUAUACGAGAACCGCGAUAGUUUUUGUUUUGCGAUGCAUAAUUCAAGGACUGCGUAAUGGCGCGGAAAGUUAGUAAGAAGGUGUGGGAUCUGGUAUGGCACAGCUGCGAAAAAGACGAAGAUUUGGCGGUUUCGGAGGAGGUAUCCUGUGCAAAACAAGUAUCGCACUCGGAGAAAUCUAAUCGCAGUCCUGCAAGACAAAUUCCUUUUCCGAGCUAAAGUGGCAUGACAAAUUCCAGUUGCAAUGCUGAGCUAAUUUGUAUUGCAACUAACACUAAGUACUUCGACAACUAGUCCGAUACAGUUGCCAUUCAUAAGAGGAGGCAGCGAAGAUUCUCGAAGAGGAAGAUGUGAACCAGCUGAACAUCCAGGAAAAAAUACCGUUGUUAAAACGUCCCCACUCGUCCAUAGUAAAGAUGAGGGCUUUAUUGCUACACAGAUCCGCCAGGUUUGGGCGUUGCGCACGACAAAAUUCUUUGCGCAGCUUGGUCGGGUUUAGACUCUGCGGCCGCAUCACAAAUCGAUCAAUUUGAAUUUAUCCUGAUUACAGCAAGACAAACUCCCGCACAGCGAUUAAAAAAUGCUUUUCAACAUGGAGCUGCGGAUGAUAAACGUCUAUAUUUAUGGUUUUGCUGAUUUGCAUGAAAUAAACUAUGGGCUGCGGACGAUUUUCCUCACGAUAAAAAACCUGGGCGAACCAGGAAACGCGGGACUUGCUGGAGUCGAAGAUGUAUGCUGCGCAAAAGCAUCGUGCUCGCACUAAAAUCGCAGCCAUGGAACACAAUUUUUUUUGUUCAAGCUAAAUCAGCAUGACAUAUUUGAUGUAUUGCAUUACUACGAGUACGAUAAUUUUGCAGUUCAUAAGAUUUUGGUCCAGCGGAGGAAGAGGUACACGGUGGGCGCAAAAUCCACGCCGCGGCCGCUGCAGUUCGUGCCGUUAGACAGCUCGGCGUCCCUGUACGAGCAGACGGGCGUUUUCUUGGUGCACGGCUCCCUCCGGUGUCUGGAAUUUUCGAGCGAAAAGUGUGAAAAGUCACCGUAUUCAGCCAGAUUGGUCAAGUGCGACAUCCACGAAAAGUCGCAGCUGUGGAAGUGGGUGGCGCCGUCGGAUUAAUAUGUUUAGAAUGCGUCGGAUCAAUUCCAAGAAAAUAAUAUAAAUAUAUGUUGAAAAUGAAAAAGUAAAUUCCGUUCUGAGGAUUUUUCGACAGAGUAUGAGUUGAAGAACGCGUAGCUCGGGUGUAGUUUCUGUUUUUCUACAACAAUAGAUGCAACAGCAAUGCCAUUAUGAAUACGAGAAAAUGAACACGACGCCUAUACAUUUUGCAGACACGACACGAACAAAAUUACUUCAAAUAAUGACGACUAUUCGUUGCGCUGCUCACAACGACUGAGGACAUGUCUUUGCUGCCGUAUGCGGAUUUCGUUUUCGGCAGCGCUCUUUCGUAUUGUUAAGAGCGAGUCCACUCUAUGAAUCUCCACCACUGGCGCCGCACGAAUUACUAGUUCUGUUGGUGCUUUCCUUUACUAGCCUGUCUGUGUAUGUGUCAUUUUCUGGUCUCAUUGUUUAUCUUCUCUUCCUCUUCUGAAGAUCCUACGUCCCCAGACGAGAGCACACGUAGAUCUCGCAAGAUUGAUCAUACAGAUACAUGAUUGGAAACUCGCUUCCUGGC